AGAAAGAACACGAACAAGUGAGUUCACGGCUCCCUGUGUGUCCAGAGCACACGCAAAUUCCUUGCCCUUCCCCCCCUCUGUGGUAACUUCUGGUUGUGUUUUACUCAGUUUUUCUGGCUUUCCGACUCAGCCACACCUGUGAUGUAACUUCUCAUGCUCAAACUAGCCGGAUGAUUUGACAGGAACUUGCAGCUUGCUUCUAUGAACCUGGGAUAUGCAACUGCUAGAGCUGCUGUGAUACUUAAUCCGAUGCCGUCGAUUUCUUCGCCACCCACCUCUCCGGACACCAGCUCGUCCGCCUUGCUCUCCGACGUAGCACCGUCGUCGUACCUCGACGGGACGAACCUCUCGCAGACCGAUAGCUCUUCUCUCUCCGGACCCGAUGGGACACAGCGUCGUCCUUCCAUCCAGUUCAACACUGCGGGAUCAGAGGCGCGACUGAGAGAACGAGGGCAGGCGUCCACGAAAGAUAGAUUGCGGACUCUGCGAAGGAUCCCGUCGCCACCACCGCCUAGUUCUUACAACCGCGGUGUCUCCUUUGACACUUUCGACAACCGUGAUGCGCCCGACUUCUCGCUGACGCUGAACUACAAGCAUAAAGACUACCAGAACACUUGGAGAAGCAGAACCUUCCUGUGUGGCGCCGACCAGAACGACUACUCUGACUUUGCCCUGGAAUGGCUCAUUGACGAAUUGGUAGACGAUGGAGAUGAGAUUGUCUGCUUGCGCGUCGUCGAGAAGGACUCGAAGAUUGCCAGCGAUACCGGCGCGGAAGGCAGAAGAUAUAGGAAGGAAGCGGAGAAUUUAUUCGAGCAAGUGAUUGCAAAGAAUAGCCAUGAUGAAAAAGCAAUUAGUCUGGUUAUGGAAUUGGCGGUGGGCAAGGUUCAAGACAUUAUACAACGGAUGAUCCAAAUCUAUGAACCCGCCGCACUCAUAGUCGGAACACGAGGCCGCAGCCUCGGUGGUAUGCAGGGCCUCCUUCCUGGCUCGGUCUCAAAAUACUGUCUUCAGCAAUCUCCCAUUCCCGUUAUCGUCGUUCGGCCAAGCCAGAAGCGUGAAAAGAAGAAACAGAAGAGGUUGGCAGACCCUUCGCGACGGAGUUAUAAUCAAAUCAUGCGGUUGAGUCAGGGCAAGGGUGACCAUUUAUUCGACACAACCAGCGCAAGUAGCAGCACAUCAAGAUUGCCGGAGCCCGAAGAAGCCGCUGCGGUCGCCGAAGCGAUUGGACCACCACCCAGUAGCAUAACGGAUCUCCAUGAAGAGCAUGCUUUGAAACGGUCCUCAGGAGAUUAUAUCUCCAGUCAAGCAAGCACUGGUGGAGAUACGGAAUCCAUCGGACAGAGAAGCACAACGACGAUGCCAAACCCCGAGAUCUCGUCGCCGAACUUGUCAUCCGCCAUACUUCAGGGCACCGGUCUACCGGAGGCAGGGAGCAUGCCUGUGGGUGAAGUUGGUGGCGACGAUGAAGAUUACAUGGACGAUAGUUCAAGGAUCACCCCGAUGAGCACGAUGACGUCGGAACACAGUUUUGCCAGCGAUCCUAUGGACGAGCUAACUCCUGUCCCUCAAAUUAACGUUUUACAUUCUCCUACGAGCGAAUACAAGCCUGAGACCACGAUCACCAUCAAGACCCCGAAGCCGUCGUCUAAACAGGAUCCUCACGAUGGAGCGGGCGACGGCAAUCCGCCAAAGGUGGAGAAUACCGAAUGACACUGGAGGGGGGCAACUGUUGCGUUGAUAUACGAAGAAGGCGCGAGUAAUAAAAGCUCGGAUUCGAAUAGACGACAGCUGCUUAUAGGAUGUUUGGCCACCAGAAAGCCUGGUCACGUUCGGGGUUCACUUAUUAAUGCUUUUGGUGUUUUGGUUCGAAGUUGGUAUUUUAUUCCGGGUAUGCACUAACUGAAGCCCGAUGCCGAUUAUACGGGAAAAUCGGUGAAGUUCACUGGCGCUGUCAGGAGUUCUUUUUUCUUUUUUUAUUUUUACGAAUAUCGGUAUUUUGUUUCCUCCAAGGUGAGGGGUGUUUUUGAGGAGUUUUCUCCGCUCUGAGUAAAUGGAACUUUAUGGUGGUUCGUGAGGGGAGAAUAGCACGAGGGAAACUCUACUUUAUCCGCAUUAUUAAUUGUCUGGUCUGCAGCUGGCGGUUUAACUAUUAACUUAGCUACGAUGGAAUGAGAGGAGAUUAUGGU